CAUCACUUUGUAGGGAUGACUGUACACGAGUAUCUAUUAUUGUCUGCCGGCGGUAUGCUUUAUGGGAGAACUUAAAUGUGAACAAAUACGGCUGCUAAGUGGGACUCAGACCUCUGUCAUUAACCAAGAAAAGGAACCUUAUCAAGACUAAAGUUUCAGGACUAAAGCUUAAGAUCAGCUUCAUUUUAAAUGAAACAGAGAAAGCUGUCCUUCCAUAAUUUUGAUGGAUAACCUACACAAGUGAGGAGCACCAAAAAUGUCAUAUGCCUUUGUAGUACCUAUUGUCAUUUUCUGGGCUUUGUCUCAGUUUAUUUCACCUGCAAGUACACUGAAAUGCCAAGAGAAUGAAUACCUGGAUUGGCAUGGGAAAUGUGUGUCAUGUAAAGAAUGUGGACCAGGCUACGAGCCAUCUCAGGAAUGUGGUUAUGGAGAAGGAGAUGCUGCAUACUGCAUAAACUGUGGCCCUCGACGAUAUAAAGAAAACUGGGGACACCAUCGCUGCAAACUUUGCCUCUCAUGUGCACUGAUAAACAGAGUCCAGUUAUACAACUGCACAGCCAGUUCCAACUCUGUUUGUGGUCAGUGCCUACCAGGAUUCUACAGUAAAACUCGAAUUGGAGGGCAACAGGAUUGGGAAUGUAUCCCAUGUUCUCAGCAAACUGUUGUGACAGAAAUUCAGUGCCAUUCUAAGGUAGAAAGCAUCAAGAGUGAAGCUUCCUGGUCUGUAAUGGGGGAUGUUGUCCUUGCAGUAGUAAUCAGCAGUGCUAUAGCUACUUGUAUAGUGGCACUGUGCACAUUUGCAUUUAUUCUUCGCAAACAUAUGUGCAGCUGUAAAACGAGAAAUGAGUUUAUUCAAUCCAGUGGACCUUCUGAUGAAUCCUCUACAUCUAGCGAUGUCAUCCAACAACCAGCAAGCCAUUGUCUACAAAGAGCCUACUUGAAGAACUUGCCUGAAGGUGGAACAGACUCUGGAUCUUUAGGUCAGGGAUGUUCACACAAAUAUGAAAUUGAGCCACCUGUUCUAUUCCCCCUUGACACACCUGCAAAGUCACUGCUGAUGAGAAGCCUAUCAGAAACAUGUCCUUUGCUACGGUACUCUGGGUGCAGUGAGGUUUCAACCAUGGAUCCACUGGUGAAGCCACCAAUAACUAGACAUAGCCCGAUGAACUUCCCAGAAUCCUCAGUUUCUGAACAGAAAACUCAAGGAGCAAUAUCUAUUUCAGAAUUAGAAAGCAGGUGUCCACAUGCUCCAGUUGAAUGCACAGAACUUGAUCUCCAGGAAUGCAUACAAGAUAGAGGUUUACCCGAGAGGAAGCCUGAAGAAGAUAGCGAGAGUCCAAGAAUUCAUCAGCAUCCAAGGUUAAUGACUAAAACACAAUUUCUAGCCGAAACAUUUUGUCAGCUUCCAGCAGGAACAUUUUGUAAUCACAGCUGCCAUGAAAAGAAAAGGCUAAAUGAAGUUUAUACUGGGACUAUUACAAACUGCAAUGCCUUGACUUCCCAAGAGCUACUGUCUCCAAGUAACCACACUACAAUAUGCGAACCAUAAAACAGGAUCACAGUAUGACUAGGAGUAUUGUACAAGGUUUGUAUGCUGGGAAGAUCACCAAGGAUGUUGCAAACUACCUUUUUAAAACUGGAUGAUUCUUUUCCAGGAGUAAAGGACUUCAGGAAUGUAGAUCAAUAACCUGCCAUUUCCAUUUCUGUAAAUCACUAGCUUCCUGGGAUUCAAAAGCCCUCUCUCCUCAUGCACUUUAUUCACAGUGGUGAAAACUCUUCAUUGGAUUCAGUAUUUUGAUCUGUUAUUUUUACUUGCUGAUUACUCUGGCCAAAACUAACAGCUUAUGGAACUUUCCAGAGAUACUAAUGGUCUAACUGGAUGAUUCUUUUCCAGGAGUAAAGGACUUCAGGAAUGUAGAUCAAGAACCUGCCAUUUCCAUUUCUGUAAAUCACUAGCUUCCUGGGAUUCAAAAGCCCUCUCUCCUCAUGCACUUUAUUCACAGUGGUAAAAACUCUUCAUUGGAUUCAGUAUUUUGAUCUGUUAUUUUUACUUGCUGAUUUCUCUGGCCAAAACUAACAGCUUAUGGAACUUUCCAGAGAUACUAAUGGUCUUUAACAUUAGACCGUACUGUGCCCUCCUGGCUCACUACCAUUUGCUCAUUGUAGAGAGAAGUUAUUGAGCUGCUUUCAUAGUUAUUGGAAUGCUGAGUAUGGCAGCCAAAGAUUUUUUUUUUUUUAAGGUGGGGGCAUGGAAGGUUUUCUCUGAAGUAACCAUAGUGAUUUUGAGAUGACCAACUGCAUAGGGACUUUGAUCAAACAUCUUCAGAGACCACGAGUAUGCAAUGGCACACAGUCUAGUGUGAAAUGUCAUUUAUGGCAUUUGUCUGAACCAUGCAAGUCAUACUUCAUUGAAACGGAACAAAUAAACCAUAUUAGUGGGAUAUAUACUGAAGCAGCCUAAUGCCUCAUCUGAAACUACAGCUUUCUUUUUCUGCAUUGUGUCUAUUUGA